CUGAGCUCGUACAGACCACCGGCUCCUCCCCUCGCAAAGUCGACAAAACCACUCAUGUUUCCCUUGUCUCUCAAAGACCACCCUCACCUCACCCCCUCACCACCGCCUGCUUUUGUUCUUACUUAUAAAGGCCAGGCACUGAUAUUCGUGCUCACAUUCCGUUUCUCAAGAGCGGCGUGAACAGGCAAGACGAAGGAUUGACCCUCAGCUCGCAUCCAUCACCGAGGCGAGACAUGUCUCUGUUGAAUAUUUGCGUCCACGCCGGCCUCAUGCUGUCCCUCCUUCAGCGCUCGAGUCAAUCGUGCACAGAUGGGACACCCAGUCAGUGCGCGGGGGCAGAAUUAGCUCCGGGUACCAACAUGGCCGGGGAAGGCUUUGAUAUCACCAAAAUGGAGCGUAAGGGCUCCUUUGUGCUCAACAUGAGCAGGUGGAAGCGCAAGGAUAAGACGUGCACCCUGUGCACCAACCCCUAUUUGGAGAACCAAAAGCAAAAGCUCCCGUUGUCGGUGGUGAACUGGAGGCCGAUGCAGUCCUGCAGCAUGAAGGUGGGCACUGCGCUCCACCAAUCCAGCGAGUCCCUGGUCAACUCCCUCACCUCUUCUGUGGAGAACAACUGGAAGGUCAAUCUGGAUGUCGACACGGGAGGGCGAAGCGCCUCCGUGAUGCUCGCUGGCACCAAUUCUAAAGUGGCUGAAUACUCCAUGGAAAAAUCCAAGAAGGACAAGUUCAGCUUCGCGAGCCACAGCUUUUCCUGCGAGUUCUACAGCUACGGAGUGUCCAGCAAUCCCGGAUUGAGCGGAGAAUUUAAAAAAGCAUUGAAGAAACUACCGAAAACGUACAGCCCUGAAAAUAAGCAGCGGUUUUACAAACUGAUCGACAACUUCGGCACUCAUUACAUCACCAAGGUGAAGAUGGGAGGAAGCGUGCGAUCUGUGACCAGCAUCAGGCAGUGCCAGGCCAGCCUGAAUGGAAUCAGCUCGCAGGAGGCGGAGAUGUGCCUGGAGGCCGAGGCGUCCGCCAGCUUCAAAGCUGAACUCAAAACUGAAACAAAACACUGCCAGAAGGACAUCAACAAGAGGGAAAGACAGGAGUCCUUCUCCAGCAUCUUCAACGACAGGUUCACAGAAACAAAGGGGGGUCACACCCAGGACGCGGACCUUCUCUUCUCUUCGCAAAAAAAUCCAUCAGCCUACAAAGAAUGGCUGAACACCCUGCCACAGAAUCCAGACAUAGUGUCCUGUUCCCUGGACUCGCUUCACGAGUUACUCCCCGUCAAUUCCCCCGUUCGUAAGAACAUGCGCGCCGCCAUCAGCCAUUACAUCCUGGAGAAAGGCCUGUGGAGGAACUGCAGCAGCAGCUGCCGGGCCGGCGUCAAGAGCGACCCGAGGGACACCUGCGUCUGCCAAUGCCACAACGACCCCAGCGUGAACAGAGACUGCUGCCCGACCCGUAAGGGCAUGGCGCGGGUCAUCAUCACGGUGCAGCGGGCGCACGGCCUCUGGGGAGACCACACCAGUGCCACCGACGGCUACGUGAAGGUGUUCCUCGGAGACGUGCCCCAGCGUACGCCUGUCAUUAUGAACAACAACUCCCCGCACUGGGCCAUGGUGAUGGACCUGGGUUCCCAGGACGUGUCCUCCGGGAAAAAUGUGAGAUUCGAAGUGUGGGAUCAGGACAACACGUGGGACGACGACCUGCUGGGAACGUGCAACCAAGUUCUCCAGGCUGGAGUCAAGGAGGAGGUCUGCGCCCUGCAGCACGGCCAGCUCUUCUACAAGGUAGAUGUGAAAUGCGCUCCGAAUCUGAGCGGAGCCACGUGCACGGACUACAAGCCUUCGCCCAUGAGUCAAGGUCUGCAGAGCAUGUACGUGUCCCGCCAUGCGCAUCCUAUCCCAAAGGCCAUCCUGCGGGAGAUGGGGGUGUUUGUGGAUGGAACCAGCUCGCUGACAAACCAGAGUCUCGCGGCUGAAAUGUCAAAGUUUGAUGAGAUGUAACAGUUGUGUGUGUCCUCGCUGAUGCUUUCAGAGCCACGUCGCUCGUUGCAUUAGAUCAAUUGAUAAUGGUUAUUACCGAAAAAAAACAACAACCCCAUUACUGGAAUCCGUUGUUAAUUAGCUGCUGAUCGCAAAGAGUGAGACGCGUGUCUGUUGGGGAAGAAUGUUUCAUGUUUUCUGUCGACUGCCGACCUGCAACACAAUCGUGUAAAAUGCUCAGUUUUUGAUUCAGUUUAAUUAAGAUUUAAGUCUGCCACAGCUUGUGUGUGCACGUGUUGGACAGAAGAGCGUUCUGCAUGAAGUCUCUGAGGAAUUGACAGCAGCAAAAGAUCCAGAUGACUGAACAGCACAACUAAAAUGUUUAAAGAAAAGAUAUUUGUGUACCUGGUGUGUGUAUUUGUGUCGUAUUGCACCAUUCAUUCUGCAGAGUUGUUGUGGCUGUCGAGAUGUGAGUUCCACCGAGGUUUCACUUGUAAACGCAUUCAUGGCUUAUUUUCAUCGCGCAUAACAUGCUUGCAGAUUGUACACAUUUUGUAAUUGGAUUUGCAUUUUGUUAUGCAUACAAGCUAAUAAUAGAGUGCAUUGUAAUCACACCAUUGUAUUUUUGAUGUUUAACCAUAAUAAAAGGACAACAUCUGUUUGUAA